AUGGCUUUGGUAGUGAAUUUUUGUGAACAUCUUUAUGAAAAAUUGCCUGUUUUGAAGAGUUUCUUCUUCAAUGUUGUAUUCCGUAAUCAAAAUGUGGUGACUCUGAAAGAACUGGAGCAAAAUCCUUCACUCUGUGAGAAGGUUGUUGGCUUGUAUGUAAAUUCGAACCUAAAGAGAAACCAAGAAUUCUUUGAAUUCCUUGAAAAGUUAGUAAAUCUUAAAAUUAUUUGCUUCAUUGGCGCUGGUUUUGAUAGUGUUGACACUGAAUGGGCUAAAUCGCGUGGCAUUAGGAUUGGUCAUAGCAUCCAAGAUGGAGGAGCUGCUGCAAAUUUUGGUAUGGCACUAUUAUUGCGACUUACUGCUAAAAAGGACGCAGAAAUCAGAACGAAAAUUCUUGCAAGGCUGGAAAUGAACCAGAAAAUAACUCUCCAGAAACUCAGAAGAGUGCGAUAUGAUAUUAAAUGUAAGGCACGACACAGAAGAAAUCCAACGCAGAAAAAGAAAACCAGUCUGGAAAACAAAACCAAAAAAGCCCAGUCUGGAAGAGUCGGAAGACGAAUAAAAACACGAUAUGCAUCAGGAGGUGCUGAAUAUUUUCCGAAAACAUUGAAAAAAAAUUUGUUUCCACCAGAACUUAUGGCACAUGACGUCACAGGAAAUUCGAUUGGCAUAAUUGGAAUGGGAACCAUUGGCUACAAGCUGGCAAUCAGAGCUCAUGCUUUUGAAAUGAAGGUACUAUCCAAAGAAGAAGAAGCAAAAGUGGAUGCUCAGUUUUAUAGUAGCUUAAUGGACAUGUUACCAUUGUGUGAUUAUGUUGUGAUUACCUGUGCUUUAACACCACAAACAUAUCAUUUGAUUGGUCACAAGGAACUGGACGUAAUGAAGAAGACUGCAACUUUAAUCAAUAUUGCCAGAGCAGACCACAAGCUUCACAACUUCCCGAAUGUUAUCAUUACACCACACUGUGCUACAAACACAAAUGAGGCAGCAAAAGAAGUGUGCGACACAGCCUUCAAAAACAUGGAGCUAGGUCUCCGUGGCGAACCAAUGUUGUCUGAAGUGGUACUAGACUAG